CUUCCAAAUUUCUUCCUCCGCCUCCGCGAGUCAUCGUCUCUCCAAAGCGAAGCAACCGCUUCCUUCCACCCUUCCUCCAUUUCUCCCUUCCCCGCCUCGCCUCCGCUUCGCUUCCUCCUCUUCUCCGGGCGGAUCCCGCUGCCGGUGAGGCAAGCCGCAUUCCGGUCCGGCGAGAUGUUGGGGGAGCUCCUCUCCAGGAUCCUGCUGCUGCUGUUCGGGUACGCGAUGCCGGCGUUCGAGUGCUUCAAGACGGUGGAGGCGCGCCCCAACGACGCCCACAUGCUCCGCUUCUGGUGCCAGUACUGGAUUAUUGUGGCCAUGGUAAUAGCCUUUGAGAGCCUCAUCUCAUGGAUGCCAAUGUAUGGAGAAAUUAAGCUAGCUUUCUUUGUUUACCUGUGGUAUCCCAAAACAAAGGGAAGUGAUGUUGUAUAUGAUACCUUCCUUCGGCCCAUUGUAAUGCAAUAUGAACCAAACAUAGAACAGAGGUUACUGCAUCUGAGGGCGAAAUCUGGGCAGCUACUUAGCUUCUACAUGAAGAACUUUGCCGACAAGGGGACAGCUUUCUUCAUGGAUGUCCUGCGCUAUGUUGUCUCUGAUAAACCUGAGGGAUCCAAUCAAGAGCGCAACAAGAAGUCCGGCGGCUGGAGCCCCUUCGCGACCAAACGCCGGCCACCGUCGCCGCCGCGGCCGCCGCAGGAGUCCCUCUUCGAGAGCAACCCCGAAGCCGCCGCCGUCGCCGAAGUUCUCAAGGCAACCAUCAACCCCAGGCCCCGGCGAGGAGCGCAGAAUGGCAAGAAUUACUAUUAGAGAAGAAGAUCCAGCGACUCUUACAAACAGUUUUAGAAGAUGAUGAUGAUGAUUGCUGUACAUAGAAUGAUUCAUCAAAGAAAAAAAAGAGAGAGAGAAGAGAUUGAGAUUGGGUACAUAGAAAAAUUCAGCAGUAUAUCCAAUGUGAAAUGAAACAGAUGUGUCCAUGAUGAAAGCAUGUUGUAUAUGCUUUGGUGAUAGAAAUUAAAUCGUUUCUCUUUA